AUGGUCAAGUCAUUUUCCAAAUCUAAGCGUACGCCUGUGCGGCUGCGGCAUAAAAUUGAGAAGGCCAGUGCGGCGAAACAGAGGAAACUAAGAAAAGAAGCAAAGAAGAAUCCCCAAUGGAAAUCACGCUUAAAGAAAGAUCCCGGAAUUCCCAACCUUUUCCCUUUUAAAGAAAAGCUUCUCGAGGAACUUGAAGAGAAGAAACGGCUAAAGGCCGAACAAGGGCAGAGGUUACGAGAUGCCGCCAAAGAGAAGAAGAGGAGCGGAAAAAAUGCGCAAAUCGCAGAAGCCGCCGAGGCUGGGGACGAGGACGAUCUGAUGGAAGAGGAGGACGAGCUUCUGGAUGAGGAUAUGGGCGACGAGGACGACGACGCCGAUGACAGUGCAAACCCUCUUGCGGCCCUAGUGGCUUCAGCACAAGCGAGGGCUGCUGAGUACGAUGGCGGAGCACUAGCAGGAGACAUCGAAACGACUGCAGAUGGCGAAGCGGUCGCGGAGGGAGUUCAAAUCUCGGAGACGAUAGCCUCAGACCACCGAAACCCGGACUCAUCACGAAAAGCAUUCGACAAAAUCUUCAAACAAGUCCUCGACGCAGCAGACGUCAUAUUAUACGUCCUGGAUGCUAGAGAUCCCGAGGGCACCAGGUCCAGAGAGGUCGAACGGCAGGUCAUGGCCGCGGAGGGUGGUUCGAAACGACUGAUUCUUGUGUUGAACAAGAUUGACCUGAUCCCUCCGUCUGUUUUGAAAGGCUGGUUAACCCAUCUGCGUCGAUAUUUCCCCACAAUACCACUCAGAGCGUCGACUCCGGCAUCCAACGCUCAGACCUUCGACCACAAGCAACUUACCCUGAAAGCCACCUCUGAAACGCUCCUGCGUUCGUUGAAAUCCUACGCUGCGUCCAAACAACUCAAACGAUCCAUCUCGGUCGGAGUCAUUGGAUAUCCCAACGUGGGAAAAUCCUCCGUCAUCAACGCCUUGACCUCGCGUCUAAACAAGGGCGCGCAAAGCUUCGCGUGCCCUGUCGGCUCUGAAGCCGGCGUCACCACCAGCUUGAGAGAAGUCAAGAUCGACAGCAAACUGAAAAUCCUUGAUUCGCCAGGAAUCGUAUUCCCCUCGACGGUGGACGGGGAAGGCAAGGAAGACAAGCAACGACGAAAAGCAGAGCAUGAGGCACGGUUAAUCCUCCUGAAUGCACUGCCGCCGAGCCAGAUCUCGGAUCCUAUUCCGGCUGUGAAUCUCUUGCUCGAGAGACUUUCCGCCUCGGAGACGCUGUACGAGAAACUCUUGAAAUCUUAUGGCAUUGUGGCGCUAGGGCCAUUCGCGAGGGGAGACGAAACAACAGAUUUCUUGGUUCAGGUCGCAAGAAAACGAGGCAGGCUGGGUAAAGGCGGUGUGCCCAAUCUGACUUCGGCAGCCAUGACGGUGGUCACAGAUUGGAGGGACGGGAGGAUACAAGGCUGGGUGGACCCGCCGGUGUUGAAGGUCGCGGACGACGAGGAGAUGGUUGAGGGCCAGAACAUGGACAAUAGCAGGGAGCUGCCUACUGGCGUGGACCGAAAGCAGAUUGUGAAGGAAUGGGCAGCCGAGUUCAAGUUAGAGGGCCUGUGGGGGGAUGGCCCUGAGAACGGGAAGGGGGCUGCUGGGGGAAGUGAUGCUAUGCAGAUAGAGUCGUGA